AUGAUGCCCGCUCAGCACGUUUACGGACACCAUCAGUUUAAUCCACAGACUGACUCGGCAUGGAUGCAUCAGCAGUCUAAUCAACACCACCAUGCUCAGCAAGCUGCUGCUGCUGCCGCUUCUGCGGUACAGCAACAGCAGCAACAGCAGCAGCAACAGCAACAGCAGCAACAGCAGCAGCAGCAGCAGCAGCAGCAGCAGCACUACAAUAGACUUGCUAGUGGGCAUUCUGCGGUUCCGUCUCUUGGCAAUGCGCAUGCCCCGGAAGGCGGCCACGACAAUAUAUCCGAGGACAAUCGAAGAACAAUGGCUUACAUUGCUGAUCUGCUGAGCGAGAGCACCCGCGAGGCGGCCCUUCUGGAGCUGAGCAAGAAGCGAGAACAGGUUCCCGAGCUUGCGCUCAUAUUGUGGCAUUCGUUCGGAGUCAUGACAUCGCUGCUGCAGGAGAUCAUCUCGGUCUACACUCUCCUGAACCCUUCACAACUCACUGCCGCGGCUUCCAACAGGGUAUGCAACGCGCUAGCACUUCUUCAGUGUGUUGCCUCCCACAAUGAUACGCGCACGUUGUUUCUGAAUGCCCACAUCCCUUUAUUCCUGUAUCCCUUCCUCAACACGACCUCUAAAUCGAGACCGUUCGAAUACCUACGUCUGACGUCGCUAGGCGUCAUUGGCGCCCUCGUCAAGAACGAUUCUUCCGAGGUCAUCAACUUUCUGCUCACCACAGAGAUCAUUCCUCUUUGCCUACGUAUUAUGGAGACAGGCUCAGAGCUGAGCAAAACUGUGGCGAUUUUCAUUGUGCAAAAGAUCUUAUUGGACGAUAAUGGGCUCAACUACAUCUGCGCUACCUACGAACGCUUUUACGCGGUGGGCACUGUCCUCAGCAACAUGGUUGCUCAGCUCGUCGAGCAGCAAACGGCUCGGCUUCUCAAGCACGUUGUCAGAUGCUUUCUCCGAUUGAGUGACAACGCGCGCGCGCGUGAGGCUCUGCGCCAGUGCCUUCCGGAGCCCCUCCGAGAUGCGACGUUUUCUUCAGUCCUUAGAGAUGACGCUGCGACCAAGAGAUGUUUGGCCCAGCUCCUUAUAAAUCUGUCAGACAAUGUCGUCGAACCGGCCCAAGGGGGGCACCCUGGCCUUUGA